AAGAGUGAUCGUCGCUGUGUAGGGAAGUAUGUGACUAGGGAGUAAUGUCAGCUGCCUUUCCCCAUAGCGUGCCCACGAAUUAUUGAGGGUAGAUGGUGGGUUUGAGGGCAGCUGCCUGCAAGCUUCUUAUCAUGGAUAGUAUACGAUGGGCAUUUCCUUGCGGGUCGUGGGUUCCCACUCGUGAUGAGUGGCUGCUAUGCGCGAGUUGUGUGCAACCUGAAGAAAAACAUCGCAUCGGGCAGUUUGUUUUCACCCGUGAUGCCAAAGCUGCCAUGGCUGGUCGUCUAUUGAUAAGAAAGUUAAUUGCAGAACAACUACAGAUACCAUGGGACAAAAUUCUGCUGCAAAGGACAGCAAAGGGGAAACCUUUCCUUGCGGGUGAUAUUUCUGCUCAGCAUCAGACCUAUAACUUUAAUGUUUCUCAUCAAGGAGAUUAUGCUGUACUUGCAGCUGAGCCUGAACGCCAGGUUGGAAUUGACAUAAUGAAAACUGAUCUGCCAGGUAGCAGCUCUAUAGAAGAUUUUUUCCGGAUCAUGAAACGUCAAUUUACAGAAAAAGAGUGGAGCUCUAUUAGAAGUAUGAGAAGUGACUGGACUCAGCUAGACAUGUUCUACAGGCAUUGGGCCCUGAAAGAAAGCUUUAUAAAAGCCAUUGGGGUUGGACUAGGAUUUAACCUUCAAAGAAUUGAGUUUGAGGUUUCACCCAUAAAUAUGGAAAUUGGAAAUGUUUAUACUGAGACAAAAAUGUGGUUGGAUGAAGAAGAGGAACAAUGGUCUUUCGAGGAAGCCAUGUUGGAUAAUCAGCAUCAUGUUGCAGUCGCUUUAGGAGAAGCCAAAAAAAAUCAACAAAAUCCAGAGGUUUAUGUCAGUGAGGACUGCCCUACAGCGGAUCCACAGAAUGAAAUUAGCACAGGCAUAUCUUUCACAAUACUUUCGUUUGAAGAUUUGAUAGCAUCAGCGAUCCCAAUGGAACCUAAAGACUCAAGUUACUGGGACAACUUUAAUUCAAAACAAGAUGUUCCUUUUCGACAAAGAUUAAAAAGAUAAAAGCAACUAUAAUGCUGACUGAUGCAUACAAAAUAUUUUACUUUUGUAGAUAUUUAUAGCUUUUUAUAUAUAUUUAUAAAAUACAUGCAUCAAAUUGAUUGUAUAAUAUUUGAAAUAAAAAUAAAUAAAAUCAGACCGAAAAAUUGCAGUUUUAAAAGUAUCCAGAGAAGUAUACGUUAAUAAAGACUUAAAGUGAAGGUUAA